AUGAGUCCGGCUGUAGAGGCUCAGGCCCGGGAUGCCAUAGAGGCACAGAAGAAGGAAAUGCAAAUGGAACAACAGCAGAUCUGUGUGGAAAAAGGGGUGAUGCUUGAGCCCUUUGUGCAUCAGGUGGGGGGUCACUCCUGUGUGCUGCGAUUCGGGGAGCAGACCCUUUGCAAGCCUCUAAUCCCACGAGAGCAUCAGUUUUACAAAAGCUUGCCUUCUGCGAUGAGGAGGUUCACCCCACAGUACAGAGGUGUGGUGUCGGUGAGCUUUGAGGAAGAUCAGGAAGGGAAUCUUUGUCUGAUUGCUUAUCCUCUGCACAGCGAUCCCGCUGAUCUGGAGAACAAGGGCCCUAUAACUGACGACGAGCCCAAGACAGAGUAUGAUAAAUUGAGCAAAAUGAUGACUUCUACACUGCUUGUGGACAGUGAAAACUACAUAGAUGAUCAUCGCCCCUCAUGUAAAGAUAACGAGAAAAGUGUCCAGGAACGAGCAGAGGAGGUGGAGCGAGAAUGGCUUCAACAGGAGGUGCUGCAGUAUCAGCUGGAGCGCAGUCACAGUGACGCAGCCCCACAGCUGGAGCACAAUCCCUGGAGCCUCAAGUGUCACCAGCAGAAUCUGCAGAGGAUGAAGGAGAACGCCAAGAAACACGACCAGUACAAGUUCAUUCUGUUGGAAAACCUUACAUGGAAGCACACUGUCCCAUGUGUGUUGGAUUUGAAGAUGGGCACUCGGCAGCAUGGGGACGACGCCUCGGAGGAGAAGAAAGCUUUGCACAUGCGCAAGUGCCAGCAAAGUACCUCAGCCUCCAUAGGGGUCCGGCUCUGUGGCAUGCAGGUGUACCAGUCUGACACGGGCCAGCUAAUGUUCAUGAACAAAUACCACGGGCGUAAGCUAACUCCAGCCGGAUUCAAAGAGGCUCUUUUCCAGUUCUUCCACAGUGGUCUGCGGCUGCGGCGGGAGCUGCUAUCCCCUGUCUUGCAGAAGCUCUGUGACAUGAAGUGUGCUCUGGAAGACUGUGAGUCCUACCGCUUUUUCUCCAGCUCCCUGCUGAUCAUCUACGACGGAGCGGCCCACAGGAUGCAGGUGCACAGAGGGUCCAAGCAUGGGCUGUCGGAAGAAGAGGAGGAGGAUGAAGAGGAGCAUGUUCAAAUGAGGCCAUUUGCACCGACCACAAUGUGGAUGUCCGGAUGA